CCGUUCCGUUAACCUGUUGUGUCCUCUCGCUCGUUCUGGCCUUCGCGAGGGCCUCCCCGUUCUUCUAUGGGAGAGGGACCCUGCUAACCGACGGUGGCCCUUAACGGUAUAGCGUGCACGGCCGUGUCCUUGGCGAGAAACGCUGGAAGGACGUUGCCGGGAAGGUAUAUAAGGACCCGCGUGGCCGCGCCGGGGCUUCAGUUAGCCGCCCGACCACGCCGCUUUCACUACCAUGGCGUCGCCGCGACUGUGUGUGUUGCUCCUGCUGGCCGCCGCCGCCGGGACCCGUUAUAGCGAGGCCUCCUUUAUCCCGAACACAGUCGAGGGCCGUCUCGUUGUGCCCGACACUGCACGGAUUGAUAACUCGCUCCUGAAGGAGGCCCAGGCGGACAAGUUCCUCUCCCUCUGGUUCAUUUACGUGCUGGCGGACCCCGUGCACACCUCCACUGAGCCCUGGACGCUGCUCAUCCCCAAGAACAGCGGUCUCCCGAAGAGCGGCGGCUUCCUGGUGGACGCGGCGGCCACCAGGGACGUCCUCCUCAACCACGCGAUCCUCGGGGGCGUGGUCGACGCGCAGGACCCGCCCCCGACGCCCAUGAAGACGCUUUCGGGGACGCCCGUCAUCUUCACCAAGGCGGGAGGGAACACCUUCGCGAACGGCGUGCAGCUGACCGGCGAGGAGUACAAGGUCUCCGACGGGAUCGUGUACGUGAUCGAGGGCGCCCUCCCGAUCGGCAGCCCCUCGGAGGUCGCGUCCCGCCCGUCCCUCCUGCCGACGCCCGACUCGGAGCCCACGACCCUCCCGCCCCUCACCCACCGCUUCGCCACCUUCAAGCCCCGCCGCGGCACGCCCUCCGACAUCAACAGCGUCGGCAGCACCAAGCCCGAGCUGCCCUUCGAAGCACCCGACGUCGAGCCGAUCCUCGCCGGAGAAACGCUCGGGGGAUCCGACAUCAGCGGGGGCUUCGCCGAGUUCGGGCCGACCGCCGCCACGCCCUCCAGCGGCUUCUCCGAGUUCGCAGGGUCCCCGGCGGGCAAGAACGACCCCUUCCUCAAGUCUUUCGUCGACUCCCUCCUGCUGCACCGAUCUGCCGACGGCGCCGAGUUCCUCCACCACUUCCUGGAGACGGGGAUCAACGGCACCUUCAGAGACACCGGCAGAUACACCGCCCUCGUUCCCAACGACUCCGCCUUCUACAAGUACUACCCUAUCGACUGGGGCUUCAACCCUUUCCUCGUCGACAACUUCACGAAGGACGUCAUCCUCAACCACUUCCUCCGAGGCAAUGUCGCCCUCGAGGACCUCCCGAGCUUGGCAGAGAUGACAACUUUAGGUGGAAGCACGAUCAAGUUUACCAGGAGAGGGAGUGAGUAUUCCCGUUUUCUUUGGUUUUAGGGAAGAGGAGGUGGU